AUGUUUGGAAAGCAUGAUGUCUUACGGUAUACUAUUCCUGGUAGCGAGAAGUGCUACAUAUUCCUGUUCAAAAGGUCAAAUCAUAAUCACGAUGUAUAUCGAUGUAGGGAAUGCAAGAAGAUCGGACCUAUUGUCACAAUUAAGGCAAUUGGUGAUGAUUUCUUGUCUGACCCCUGCGAUGAACCACAUGUGUGUAUUCCAACGGAUUGCUUGAAAGACAAGGUGGAAAGAUUGAUGUAUAAGGCAAGUCUUUAUUAUAAAUGGAGGGAAAUGCAGCAGGAUCCGCGGUAUGUUAGGACAGGAUGUCGAGAUGUGUAUAUGGAAAUGUUGAAUGCUUUCGAUGACGAAACUCUGGGUGAUGCAGAGGAGAGGGAGAAAAUGCGACUUGUAUUUGAAGCAUCAGGCUACGGAAAUAGAAGAAUCACAAUUGCACGGAAUUUGAGACGUCUAAAGGCAAUGAUGUAUAAGGAAGCUGUAGAAAAAGCAGAAGAAGACGGUGAUU